AUGAGACAACCUCAGGCGCUGACCGCCAACUUCAACUCCAUGCAACAUAUGCAUACAACGCAUCUCAUCAUGGAUCGUCUCAAGGUUGCGUCUGCCGCGGUACGCGAACGUGACCGCCUCGGUCCACGAACAAGCCAACGGGGUUCCGAGAUGUCGCCUCGGGUGUGGUUCCUCAAGUCUCGGCCGGGAUACGAAGGCGUCCGCUUUCACAACAGAGACCGAGACGGGCGUUCCAGGGUGCAAUCUAGGCUAGUUCGGAAUAGACAUCGUGAUCCUCGAAACUCUACCGAACCCUCCCCGACUCUCUACCUUCACCCGGGUAUGAUCUCUCGCGACUUCGUCGGCGUUCGCCCAUCAUUUCAGCGCUCUGGGCAUCUGUUUGCGCUUGGGUCUUCAUCAUCCCACUUUACACAUGGCACUGCCGUCCUGCCGUCAUCGACUGAUGCGAGUUAUUGUUCUAAGGCAUUUAGAUUUGCCGCCCGAACCUUUCAAUUGCUUAGGCACAACUCUCGCCAAGAUGUCAAGUCUCGCGGGAAACGGCGCUCUAUCAGUAUUGGGCACGUUGUCUCGCGUUGCCGAAAUACGUUGCGCGCAAAUCCAGAACAGUCUCUGGCCUCAACUUGGUUUACCCCAGGCAGGCGACUAGACAAGCUCUACUCCCACGCUUCGCCUGUUAAGUUCAUUUCAGCUACUGCAACUGUCUGGGGACUCAGUUCAAGCCUUCAGCCAUCACCAUUCCUCCCUUCGGGAACCAGCGCGGCCGAGAAGUAUGCCGAUCGAACCCACGCCGUUCGCCUUUGCCGAAAGUCACUAUGCACUACCGGCAGCUGUCAACGGGCAAGCGAGAUGUACCAGGGCGGUGGUGCCGCCGCCGAAGCGACCAUCUCCAGGCACGGCCCUUGA